GGCUGCCUUUCCUUCUACCGGGACCAACCCAGACUCCCGGGCGGUGCCCAGGGGUCUGGGCUGCACGGCUGGCAUGUGCCACCCCCCACUCCGCCAGCGAGUUUCCCAGAAUGCACCGGGGCGGGGGGUCAUUUGGGGCCUCCCUGACCUUGGCCCCGCCCUGGGCCCGGUCUGGGAGCUGGGGAUGGGAAGUACUGUGGGUCCAAAUGUGGAGCAGGGUGAUCGAAGGACCAGAGGGUGUGGAAAUGGGUGGCGGAGUGGUGGAAGACUCGAGGUUUGCCCAUGGGGGCCUGAGCUGUGGAGGGAUCAGAGCAUGUGGUGGUGAGAUCUUCCCGCUGUGUAAGGUUUUGAGGCCCAGUGCGUGCUAACUGAGGGGCGGUGCAGGGCAACAGAGGUACCCGAGGAUGUGUAACAGGGCAGAGGACGUCGGAGGAGUGCCGAGAUAUGCAAAUGGGGUUAUAGCUGUAGAGAGAGGCCCAAUGUGUGUUCCUGGGGGAUAAGGUGGUAGAGGUACCAGAAGGUGUGCUAAUAAGAUCCGUUUCCUGAGGCCCUGUGUGUGCUAAGGGGGUGGUCAGGAUGGCGUUAAUGCUGUGUAUUUGUCCGUGAGGGACUGCGAGGUGUGAGGUUCCAGAGUGUGCCCGUGGAGGGCAGGGUAGUGCAAGAACUGGAGUGUUGAGAGGGUGCUAAUGGGGGUCUUAGCUGUAGAGGGUAUGUGCACAUGGUGAUAAAGGUCCCGUAUGUGCUAAUGUGGCAGAGCAGUGAAGACCUGAGCCUGAGCUAACGGGUAUCAGAGCUGUGGACAUAGGCGUGGGGCCGGGGGUUGGUGGUCAGCGAAGUGUCUUAGCCCUGUAAGAGGUUCCGUGCAUUAAGGAUCAGGCUGGUGUGAGAUCUGUGUGUGUGUGUGUGUCCAUGUCCAUGAGGUCAAGGGAGGAUGAGGUUCUACGGUAAUAAGAAGUAAGAAGGGGCAGGGUAAUAUAGGAAGAUCUAGUGGCUGUCCGUGUGAGUUUCGAGUCACGGGGGCACUUAGAUGUGUGCCAGUGCGGGCAGAAUCAGAGCAGUAUGAAGUCUGGAAUACGCUAAUGCGUGUCAGGACGCUGUGAAGACAGUGUGUGUGUGUGUCCAAGAGGGAGGACUGAGGUGUGUUGAGGUUCCAGGGAGUGCUGCGGGGCGUAGAGCUGUGGAGGGGAUCUGUUGGGGGGAUCCGGAAGAUCAGGGCUCUGAAGGGAUCCAUUUGUCAACCAACAGGGGUUAUGGCUGUGGAGGACUUGGAGCAAAGAGAAAUAAAGGACAGAAAUAUGGGAAGGUCUAGGUGUGCUCAAGUGGAUUAGAGCCAUGUAGGGCUGAAGUGUGCUAAUAGGGUUCUGGGCUGAAUGAAGGUCUGUGUGUGCCAAUGAGGGUCAGGUCAUUAUGGAACAGCGUGUUCGCGUGUGUCCCUGGGGAACAGGGCUCAGUACGGGUUCAGGGUGUGCUAAUGGGGAGGCUCGGCUCUGCGUGAGGCCCAGUGUGUGCUAAUAGGGGUCAGGGAUCUGCAGUGUUCACUGCUGGGAAGUGGGGGGAUAGGGUAGUGGGAGACCAGAGGAUGCGCUCAUGAUGGUCGUAGCUGUGGAGAGGCCUGAGUGUGGGCAGAAACGGGUCAGGGAUCUGCAGUGUUCGCUCUGUGUUAACGGCAUUCAGGGCAGCAUGAAGGUCUGGUGAGUGCUCAUGUGGGUUAGCGGUAGAGGGUCCCAAGUGCAUGUUCAUAGGGGUCAGAAUCAUGUUGGGAGAGAAGUUCACAGGCUGUAUGUGGUGCUCGGAGUUAACUUUAGAGGGGCCGACUGGGUGGAGGUCCGUGCUCCGUUGAGGCUUUGUGUGCAGAUCGGAGUUAGAGAUAAAUAGGGAAAUUGGGGUGCCGAAGGCAGUUAAAAUGCAGGGAAACCUUCCUGAGGGUCCAGUGUGUACUGAAGGAAGCGGGACACUGCAAGAGUCCAGUGUGCUUAUGGGAUGGGUCUGGACGGGAUGAGGAUGGUGUGUUCUCUCUUUUUUUUUUUUUUUUUUUUUCUUUUCUGGGGCCACAUCCACAGCAUGUGGAGGUUCCCAGGCUAGGGGUCUAAUUGGAGCUGUAGCUGCCAGCCUACACCAGAGCCACAGCAACGCUGGAUCCGAGCUGCGUCUGCGACCUACACCACAGCUCACGGAUCCUUAACCCACUGAACGGGGGCCAGUGAUUGAACCCGCAACCUCAUGGUUCCUAGUCAGAUUCGUUAACCACUGAGCCACAAUGGGAACUCCAGGAUGGUGUGUUCUUAAUGUGAGUCAGUAGAGUGUGAUGGCUGUGUCCUCAGUGGUCCAUGUGAUGUGAGGUGGUGAGUAUCCGUGGGUAUGAAAGUAUUCUGAGGAUGGGUGCAUCCCCUCCGGGGGUCAGGGAGGACAUGUGCCCGUUUUUGAGUGGGGUCGUGUAUCCAGUUUCUUGCUCCUUCCUUCUAAAAUCCAGAAAUCUCGGAAGACUGAAACAAUAUUUAAAAGUUUUACUGCAUAUUAAUAUUCAAGUGUCUCUGUUCACAGGGCCCUGCCCAGGGUUCCCCUGCUGAGGGCAUUGGAUGAUACACAGAUGUUGUACCCUAUCUUCUGAAAUCCCCCCAGACUGAACUCUGGAACAGGUCCAGCCCCUGGGGUCUCCACUUAGAGGUCAUGGACCCAUGGCUCCUUCUGGCUCCCUUUUCAUCCUCCAUCCAGGAGGAUGGAGUGGUUCCCCCCCGCCCCCCUGUCCCCCGUCCCCCGUUCCCCGUCCCCUAUUCCCUGCCACAACAGGCAAAGCAACUGGUAUCCAUUCCAUAGAGAAGGACACAAGACAGUCUUUGGGGGCUGGUCAUGCUUCACCUUCCUCAGCCUCAGGCCAGUGUUCAGCCUCCUGGGUGAGGAUUUUUUUUUUGUUGCUGUUAUCCCCAGGUUCUUUGGAUGGACUUCGUCCUCUUUACUGAGGUCUUUCUAUUAGGCUGGCCCCUCUACCCUCCUGGGGGUGAUGAGUUCAGGCGAAAAGUGGGGCUUGGGGACGACUUGGGUAAGCACCUUAUUUCAAGGUAACAGAUGACCCACUUCUCUCCUCGAAUCUAGCUCCGGCUUCAUCCUCAACCCCCUAUCUAGCUCCACUUCCCUUGGGCCCAGGGCCAUCUUAGGCCCUGCUGUGAGUCCAGAUGGUUCCUGAGCCAGGUCUUUUUCCCUCCUUGCUGGCCCAGAGCCCAGGAGGAAGCAGAAGAAGGCCGGCCUAAGCCUUUCGGUGGCCCUGUUCCCUCCAGCAGCCCCAUCUAGGUCAUCUUCUUGCCGAUGCCAGUGUCCCUGGGCUACCUUGUCUUGGGUUGUUCGUGAGUAGUGGGGACUCAACCAUGCUCACCCUGGCAGAGGUUGGUCUUAGGCCCUUAGCCCUUGAUUCAUUACUUUUGUUUCUUUUUGUUUUCUUUCUUUUUAGGGCCACAUCUGUGGCCUAUGGAAGUUCCCAGGCUAGGGGUCUAAUGGGAGCUACAGCUGCCGGCCUACACCACAGCCACAGCCACGCCAGAUCUGAGCUGCGUCUGCAGCCUACACCACAGCUCCCGGCAACACUGGAUCCUUAACCCACUGAGCAAGACUAGGGAUCAGACCUGCAACUUCAUGGAUACUAGUCAGAUUUGUUUCCGCUGAGCCACAACGGGAAUUCCUCUGAUUCAUUAAUUUCUGUUGUAAGCACUUUUUGAGCAUCUACUCUGUGUCAGUCACUAUUCUAGGUUCUCAGGAUAUACCCAUGACCUAAACAGACAGAAAUCUACCCUGGCGGAGCUGAUCUUCUAGUUAUGGCGGUGAGGAGACAGACAGUAAAGAAUAAAGCAACCAAUAAGUAGAUGGUGUCUUUUCUGAGGAGGUGAUAUAUGCUGGGGGGAAUAAUUGGCCAGGUGAGGGAACUCAGGAUGUUUCAGAUUUUUAAACAGGCUUAUAUUCAUGGAGGGUUAUCUAUGAAAAAGGUGAUAGUUGAGCAAUGACCUGAAGAGGGUAAGGGAGUGAGCUCUUUUGAAAUCUAGGGGAAGGGUACCAGGAACAGCCAGUGCAAAGGCCCUGAGGUUGGACUUUUUGGGUGUGGCUGCAGAACAGCAACUAGCAACCAUUGAGGGGGAGAUGAGGACGGGGAGAAGGGGGACCUUUGUCAGUGCCCACCACCUGCAACGGCCAGCCCCUGGGGACCCUGCUCCUAAGUAGCCCACCUGGGUACUGAGGCUUGGGUGGCUGGGCCACAUUAAGGACUGAGGUGUUCAUUUGGGUUGAUAAGGGAGAUGUGGUGCAUUCUCCAGUAGAGGAAAAAUGUGACCUGGCUCGUAAAAAACCUAGGUGUGGGACCCAAUGGUCCCAACCUGAUUGAAUCCUUCUAGCAGCUCUUAGGGUAGCAGCUAUACUUUGAGAUUCCAUCCCCCCCCCCAUAACCUCACCCAGUGGUUGAGUCCAGACAGGAACCUCCUCUUCCAACACCCCUCACCAGUUAGACCAAUGGGGUAGUCCACUGGUUACCUUGACGAUGGUUGCUGGGGGAGGCAGGAGGGUCCUUGUGGUCACAGGGAGCAUUCUGCUUUGGCAGCAGUUGGGGGUGAUGUGGGGCUGGUGCCAGCGGAACAUGCCAUUCUAUGGGCAUGCCCGGGGCCGUGUCAGUCGUCCCAGGAUCCUGGGCGAGCCCCCAGCCCCGCCAGUGGCUGGGUCCAUCAGUGCAGCUGCACCCAGUGCCUGCUGUGGAACUCCCUGCUCCCACAAUGAGGCUGCCGCCAUGGAGGCCACCGCUGCAUCAGUUGGGCCCUUUCCCUCAGCCAGCCACCCAAGCCUCAGUACCCAGGUCGCCAUGGAUCGGAUGAAGAAGAUCAAACGGCAGCUGUCAAUGACACUCCGAGGGGGCCGAAGUGUAGACAAGACCAAUGGUGCCCCAGAACAGAUAGGCCUUGAUGAGAGUGGCGGUGGUGGUGGCAGUGACCUUGGAGAGGCCCCCACACGUACCGCUCCUGGGGAACCUCGCUCUGGACGGGGCCCACUCAGCUCUGCACCAGAGAUUGUACACGAGGACUUGAAGAUGGGGUCUGACGGGGAAAGUGACCAGGCUUCAGCCACGUCCUCGGAUGAGGUGCAGUCACCAGUGAGGGUGCGCAUGCGCAACCAUCCCCCACGCAAGAUCUCCACCGAGGACAUCAACAAGCGCCUGUCACUACCAGCCGACAUCCGGCUGCCCGAGGGCUACCUUGAGAAGCUGACCCUCAAUAGCCCCAUCUUCGACAAGCCGCUCAGCCGCCGCCUCCGGCGUGUCAGCCUGUCUGAGAUCGGCUUUGGGAAACUGGAGACUUACAUCAAGCUGGACAAGCUGGGAGAGGGCACCUAUGCCACUGUCUACAAAGGCAAAAGCAAGCUCACAGACAACCUCGUGGCACUCAAGGAGAUCAGACUGGAACACGAAGAGGGGGCACCUUGCACCGCCAUCCGGGAAGUGUCCCUGCUCAAGGACCUCAAACAUGCCAAUAUCGUCACGCUACAUGAUAUUAUCCACACGGAGAAGUCCCUCACCCUUGUCUUUGAGUACCUGGACAAGGACCUGAAGCAGUACCUGGAUGACUGUGGGAACGUCAUCAACAUGCACAACGUGAAACUGUUCCUGUUCCAGCUGCUCCGUGGCCUGGCCUACUGCCACCGGCAGAAGGUGCUACACCGAGACCUCAAGCCCCAGAACCUGCUCAUAAACGAGAGAGGAGAGCUCAAGCUGGCCGACUUCGGCCUGGCCCGGGCCAAGUCAAUUCCAACGAAGACCUACUCCAAUGAGGUGGUAACCCUGUGGUACCGUCCCCCCGACAUCCUGCUCGGAUCCACGGACUAUUCCACUCAGAUUGACAUGUGGGGUGUGGGCUGUAUCUUCUAUGAGAUGGCCACGGGCCGGCCCCUCUUCCCGGGCUCCACGGUGGAGGAACAGCUGCACUUCAUCUUCCGCAUCUUAGGAACCCCAACUGAGGAGACGUGGCCGGGCAUCCUGUCCAACGAAGAGUUCAAGACAUACAACUAUCCCAAGUACCGAGCCGAGGCCCUUUUGAGCCAUGCACCCCGACUUGACAGCGACGGGGCUGACCUCCUCACCAAGCUGCUGCAGUUUGAAGGUCGCAAUCGGAUCUCCGCAGAGGAUGCCAUGAAACAUCCAUUCUUCCUCAGUCUGGGGGAGCGGAUCCACAAACUUCCUGACACUACUUCCAUAUUUGCACUAAAGGAGAUCCAGCUACAAAAGGAGGCCAGCCUUCGGUCUUCAUCAAUGCCUGACUCAGGCAGGCCAGCUUUCCGAGUGGUGGACACCGAGUUCUAAGCCGAGUUCUAAGCCACAGACCGAGGCCCCAGCAGGCAGCAGCUGGAGGGAUGCCAUACCCCUCACAGGGCAGCCCCCAACUGCAUCCUCCUUGCUUGCUGCCUACCUACCCGCCUGACUCAUGCUCACCUGCCCACAUGUCCCCUGCUGCCUGUCCAGACACCCGACCAUUGGCCUGUUGGCCCACCCAUUGGCCUGUCUGCUGGGUGCUAACAAAGCUCUCAUCGCUCCUUCGCCUGGUCUGUCUGUCUGUCUGUCUCUUUCUUCCUCUCUCUCUGUCUCGGUAGUUGCCGGCGGACAGCAUGGCCAUGCCAGCCUCCUACACUGAGGCCAGGCCCAUACCCCUCGCCAUCAUACCCUCCCCCAGGACCACUGCCCCACGGCCAGCCAGGGGUCCAGAGCUAGUCCAGGUUGGGGAGCUCCACUCAGACAGGACAUGGUGAUGCCUUGGGUCUGAGGCUCCCCUGCCUGCUUUCCUGCCUGCCCCACCUGCCUCAUGUUGUGUGGGCCUUUUUUGUUUGUUUGUUUCAUUCAUUGUUGUUUUUUUUUAAUUAUUUUAAAUGAGGUUUUCAUUUUUAAAAUGCAAUAUCUCUGUAUACAGACUGGCUGGGCCCCACUCAACUGCGUGUGGCCCUCCUACAGUAUUUUGUGCAAUGAAGCCCCGCUCCCAGCCUUUCCACGGCAGGGACACAGCCCCUAUUCAGAACCCUGACCCAUCACCAGACCCUGGGGUCAGCUAAGGGAAAGCAUGCCUCGACCAUUCGCCUUCCGACCCCCACCUGCCAUCCCCAGCCGCUGGGGGACUUGGGGACUACUGGAGACUCUCUGGGAGAUGGAUGAGGUGGGGGGCCCCCACUCUUUCCCUCCUGCAGUCCCAUAGCUGGGGCCUCCUUCUCAGGGUCUCCCUAGCCCAGCCCUCCUGCCCCCAGCCCACUCGGUGCUGUUGAGUAGGGGCCCUGCCAGGAACUGACCAACUCAGUGAGGAGCCAUAGUGUGUCUAUGUGCACAAGCAGGGGACAGACGGGCGCUUGCGGGGGGUGGGGUGUGUGUGCCCAGGCAUUACUCCCUAACCCCUGGGGAAGGUGAGGCAGGGCAGGGACAGUCUCUGGGGUCAGUCCCCAGACAGGUGGUUACCUCCCCUUCCCCUCCACUCUAAACCCUGGGGCCCUCAAAUGGGGUGGGAGGGCAGGGGCAGGGGCCCUCCAAGGGGGUUCGGGGUGGGGGAUUCCUGAAUGCACCAUAAUCGCUGUAUGAAUAUUAAAAAGUCUAAAGUGAAAAA